GCUGAACCUCUGAGCGAACGGACGGUCCAAGCGGCACUGGGUGACGGCGCGGAGCGCCUCGCCGCAGCCGGGGUGGCGUCUCCGGGAUUUGACGCCGGUCUCCUGCUUCGGACCGCGGCCGGGUGGUCGGCCGCCGAGUUGAUCGCGCGGGCGGGGGAUCCGCUCUCCCUCCGCGUGAGGCGUGCUUUCGACGAACUGAUCGACGAGCGGGCGGCCCGGCGGCCGCUCCAGCAUCUCGUCGGCGAGGUCGAAUUCUUCGGCCUGACUCUUCGCGCUGGUCCCGGUGCGCUGAUCCCCCGCCCGGAUACCGAGACUCUCGUGGAAACGGCACUCACCCGGUUCUCGAAGAGCGGCGCUGUCCCACUCCGGAUCGCCGAUGUGGGCUGUGGGUCAGGAGCCAUCUCCCUCGCGCUUGCCUCUCGCCUGCCGGCCGCCCGCAUCGUCGCCCUCGACAACGCGCGGGGAGCGCUCGACCUCGCCGCCGGGAACAUCCGGAGAUGCAACCUGGGCUCACGAAUCCAACUGGUAGCGGGCAACCUGUUGACCGCCCUCGCGCCUGGCACCCUGGACGGAGUCGUUGCGAACCUGCCCUAUAUCCCGGACCGGGAGAUCGAUCAGCUCGAGCCCGAAGUGCGCGACCACGAACCCCGCGCCGCCCUCGCCGGAGGCGCGGACGGCUUGGAUCCGCUCCGUCGGCUGGCGCCAAUGGCCGCGUGCGUCCUCCGCUCCGGCGGCCAUGUUCUGGUCGAAAUCGGCGCCGGCCAACGGGAGCGGGGUACGGCCAUCCUCCAGCGAGCCGGCUUCCAAGCCGUGGCGUCGCAUCCGGACCUCGCCGGAUUUCCGAGGGUGCUGGCCGCCUCGCGACCAGUGCCGACGCAAGGAUCGGGCGCGGUUUCGUGGGAUAGGAUCGAAGCGUGA